CUUAUGCCAGUGGUGGCGCCAGAGGGGGGGCAGGGGGGGCUACAGCCCCCCCGUCGGAGGAGGCUAGCCCCUCCGUCGGAAGAUAAAUUAUGCUUGAAUUUUUUUUGUCGGAGCGAAUUUUUUAAGUUUUGGCGGAAAUAGAAAUUUCUAAAAGGACUGUUAUCAGAAUUCAGGAAGCUCAUCCCAAAACAACUCAUCGACACAUCAAUUUCAUGGUAAAUAAUAAUCUGUUAUAAGAAGUUUGAAUUGGUUGUUUAGAUGUUCAGUACCAGGUGUUUUCCGCAUGCUGUUAAAUUUGAUCUUAUGUUAUGGAUAGUGCAGUUCGUCCAAAUCUUGCUUGCUAUAACCAACCUACAACAUCGGAAUAUUUUUGUGCGAUAGCGAUAUGGCAACAAAUGUUACCCGUUUCAGUGUUAGAUGUAGUAUAUGUAAUGACGUAUUUAACAAUGAUUACGCUGCCCGCCACACGAAGUCCAAGCACAAAGAUUUGGCUGCAAUGGGAAGGACUGCUCCUACGACGGCAAUAGUUGAAACGGACUCGCAGCAGAGAAAAAUAAAAACAUUUUUUCAAUCAAAAGGCGGUACUUUUCCAAAGAAACGAAAGGUUAAUGAUUUUGAAACUGAAAGAACAACAGAAGACCCCGAAGAACAAGAAGUUGAAAUUUCGAAAAUUCAAGACGAAGAGCAAAUCGAACGUGGUACAACUUCUAGCUUGGACCCCGAAGUCACGAAUGUAGAUGCUGACAACUACGUCACCAUUUCGGAAGCCGAACAGUCGAUGUCGGACAUUGUGGAAGCAGCAAAUGAAAGCGACAGCAACGAGGAUAUCGAGGAAAAUUUGGAACAGUUGGAACUCGAGUUGGAAGAUGAAGUUGAUCCUGCAGGAUUAUCAGCCGAAGCACUUCAAGGAGAUUCGAGAGGACCGCAACUUACACUAUCCGUCGCUGGCCCCAAGGACAUAUCCUCAACCAAAGACGGCGGACCUGUGCAGCCUCGUAAUAUUUCCUUCCCUACACAUUUGAUUGGCAAUCAGCAUCGCGCAUUCACACCUUUGCUGUAUGAAAAGUAUCCCUGGAUUGAGUAUUCGCAAAUGGAGGAUGCCAUCUUCUGUUUCCACUGUCGUAAUUUUUCAGAGAAUCGGAAGGAUCCAGCGUUUGUUAGUCAAGGCUUGCGCAAUUGGAAAAGAUGCUAUGGCACCAAAGUGAAUGAUAACAAACUCUUGCAACAUCAAACCAGCCAUCUUCAUGCCCAAAGUGUAGCUGCUAAAGCGCACUAUGAAAACGUUAAGUCUGGAAAUUUUCAGACCAUUGCCACACUUCAUGAUGCCGCUUAUUCGAAACUGGUUAAAGACAACAGGCAUUACAUGCGAGUGAUUUGCGAAGUCCUGCUUCUCACUGCUCAGCGGAAGAUUGCCCAACGUGAGACUGGAGGUUCAUUUCGUGUUGCCGAUAUAAAUAAAGAAGCUCUAGACUAUGGACCUUCUUGUGGUAAUUUUCUUGCGAUACUUGGUCUUCUUGCAAGGCAUGACCCAGUUGUUGCUGACAAAAUCCGCACUGGCCCGAAAAAUGCAAAGUAUACUCACCACAGCGUACAGAAUGCCAUCUUAGACAUUAUGAAAGACAUGGUUCUUGAGCAAAUAAAAAGUGAGCUCAAUAAGGCUCAGUAUUUUACCGUCCUUUCAGAUGAGUCUAAAGAUAGAAGCAAAAAAGAGCAGCUUGUUGUUGCAGUCCGUUACUGCUACGAGAAUGCCAUACAUGAGGAAUUUAUUGGCAUUGCUGAGGCGCAAAGUUUAGAUGCAGAUGGUCUUUCAGACACAAUAAUUGAACGAUUGCAACGCAUCGAAGCCAACAUGAAAGCAUGCGUGGGGCAAGGCUACGAUGGAGCUUCUGUUGUUUCUGGUCACCUGAAUGGCGUUCAAAGGAAACUUCCUCUGAAAACCGGUGCUGAAAUGGCUUACUACGUCCAUUGCUUUUGUCAUCGAUUGAACCUUGUGAUCGUCGAUGUUGUGAAAUCAAUCAGUUGUGUGGCAGACAUGAUAUCGCUAUUCAGAAGCCUGCAUUCUUUUCUGAGCAGCAGCACCGUUCAUGUACGAUGGGUAAAGGUCCAAGAGGAUCACAAGGUUCAUGUGAUGGAAAUUGGAAAAGUUUCUGACACGAGAUGGUCUUGCCAGGCGAAGCAAUUCAAUGUUUUCUGGGAGCGGUUGGAUAUCUUGGUGGAAGUCCUGCAGGAUGUGAUUGACACAGAUACGAACCCCGGUCGCAGAACAGAAGCUACUGGUUAUCUUCUGCAGAUUGACAGGAAAUUUGUGAGAUACCUGUUUGCCAUCCGACACGUCUUGAACAAAGCCAAAUUUGCGUCUGACAUGUUGCAGAAACCCUCCAAUGAUUUGAGUCAAGCCAUUGAUCUCAUUGCAACAUUGAAAGAUGAACUGGAUGACUGUCAAAGCAGGGAUAAGAUUCAAGAGUUCUGGGAUACUGCCGAAGAAGCAGCGGAUCGCUUGGAAUUGCCGGAAGAAAAAAGACCACCAAGAAAGAGGGCAACGCCUGCUUCUCUUCGAGAGUUUGUUGUGGAAGCAUCUUCAGAGCCUCAAGUAGCAAGCGGGUUUGAUGGCUACGUACAAAAUGUCAAAGAAAUACUAAACAGAACAACUGCAGAACUUUGCAAGCGGUUUGACGAAAAAAACAUAAAGAUCAUGAAAGGCAUAACUGCAUUGGCCCCCAAGUCGAAAAGCUACUUGGACCCAACAACUCUUGUCAAUUUUGCUGAGCUUUUUCAGUCUGAAAUUGGUGCACUACGCAGUGAAAUUGCCACAUUUAAAUAUAUGCUCUCAAGAAAAGAAGAAAAACACCGCCCAAGCACACUUCUGCAACUAGAGGCACACUUGGAAAAGCUAAAUGAAGCUUUCUUUGAGCUGCACCGGCUUGUAUCCAUCGCAUGCACUUUGCCAGUCUCUUCAGCCGAAUGUGAACGCAGCUUCAGCUCUAUGCGCCUCAUCAAGAGUGAUCUGCGCUCACUUAUGAAGGACGAGCGUCUAGACAGUCUGAUGAUGCUAGGUAUUCAUCGUGCCCGUGGAAGUGCUCUUGACUUGGACUCAGUAGUAGACAGAUUUAAGGCUAAGUUCCCGAAGAGUAGAAUUGCUCUGUGAAACAAUUUUGAUUCUUGGACUUGAAUUUUCGAUAUGUAGAAGUGCGUAUUCCACCGCUUAGGUCUGUUCCUAUAAAGUUACGUUGUGUUCCAGUUUUCCUUAAGUUCAGUUGGUUGCUUUUUAUUUAAAUUCAUACUUUCCAAAGAUAGGCCCUACUUGAAUUGGCAACGUUUGAUGAGUUGUAAAGAUUUAGAGUAGUUUUAAGCUUAUCUAGAGGCAGCUUUCAAAAAAAAUUUCCAGGGACGCCGGAGAAGGGGGGCGCGGGGGGGCAAGCGCCCCUCCUGCCCUUUGCUAGGAGGGGCAAGGGAGGGGGCAAACGUGCCCUUAGUAAUAUGUCAAAAAACGUAGUAAAAAACACGAUUACACCAUUUUGAUAGCAUUUUUAGCCAAUCUAAUGGGUGUAGCCACCAAAAUUUUCCCGGGGGAGUACCCCCGGACCCCCCGAAUUUUCGGCUCGCAACGCUCGCCUUCGGUCUCCAGUACCCUUACAAUUCCUUGUCGCCCCCUAGCCCUAUCGUUCUCUAAAAAAAUUAGCCCCUCCGUCGGAAGUGCUAGCCCCUUUGUCGGAGGAAACCUAGCGCCACCACUGUU